GAGCGCCGGGAGGAAGGGGCCGAGCCGGAGCCCCCGCCCCGAGGAAGGGAGGAGGCGCAUCCCGGCGCAUUCCCGGCCGCCCGGUGACUCACGGGCCAGGAAGCGCCGCGCCCGCCGCCCCGGAGCCCGACUCGGCGCCCAGCAUGGCGGCCCAGGUGACGCUGGAGGACGCCCUGUCCAACGUGGACCUGCUGGAGGAGCUGCCCCUGCCGGACCAGCAGCCCUGCAUCGAGCCCCCGCCCUCCUCACUGCUUUACCAGCCAAACUUCAACACAAACUUUGAAGACCGAAAUGCGUUUGUCACUGGCAUCGCGAGAUACAUCGAGCAAGCCACAGUUCACUCAAGCAUGAAUGAGAUGCUUGAAGAAGGCCAAGAGUACGCCGUCAUGCUGUACACCUGGAGGAGCUGUUCCCGGGCCAUCCCGCAGGUGAAAUGUAAUGAGCAGCCCAACAGAGUGGAAAUCUACGAGAAGACCGUGGAGGUCCUGGAGCCUGAGGUCACCAAACUGAUGAAUUUCAUGUACUUCCAGAGAACCGCCAUCGAGCGCUUCUGUGGGGAGGUGCGGCGGCUGUGCCACGCGGAGCGCAGGAAGGACUUUGUGUCCGAAGCAUAUCUGAUCACGCUGGGCAAGUUCAUCAACAUGUUCGCCGUGCUGGACGAGCUCAAGAACAUGAAGUGCAGUGUGAAGAACGACCACUCGGCCUACAAGAGGGCGGCGCAGUUCUUGCGGAAGAUGGCAGACCCGCAGUCCAUCCAGGAGUCGCAGAACCUGUCCAUGUUCCUGGCCAAUCACAACAAGAUCACGCAGUCCCUGCAGCAGCAGCUCGAGGUGAUCGCUGGCUAUGAGGAGCUGCUGGCCGACAUCGUCAACCUGUGCGUGGACUACUAUGAGAACAGGAUGUACCUGACGCCCAGCGAGAAGCACAUGCUGCUCAAGGUCAUGGGGUUCGGCCUGUACCUGAUGGAUGGGAGUGUCAGCAACAUCUAUAAGCUGGAUGCCAAGAAAAGGAUCAACUUGUCGAAGAUCGAUAAGUACUUCAAGCAACUCCAGGUGGUUCCGCUGUUUGGGGACAUGCAAAUAGAACUGGCAAGAUACAUCAAGACCAGCGCGCACUACGAGGAGAACAAAUCUCGGUGGACAUGCACGUCAUCAGGCAGUAGCCCCCAGUACAACAUCUGUGAGCAGAUGCUCCAGAUCCGGGAGGACCACAUGCGCUUCAUCUCGGAGCUGGCGCGCUACAGCAACAGCGAGGUUGUCACGGGCUCAGGCCGCCAGGAGGCCCAAAAGACCGACACUGAGUACCGGAAGCUGUUCGACCUGGCGCUGCAGGGCCUGCAGCUGCUGUCACAAUGGAGUGCCCACGUCAUGGAAGUGUACUCCUGGAAGCUCGUGCACCCGACCGACAAGUACUCCAACAAAGACUGCCCCGACAACGCUGAGGAGUACGAGAGAGCCACCCGCUACAACUACACCAGCGAGGAGAAGUUCGCCCUGGUGGAGGUCAUCGCCAUGAUCAAAGGGUUGCAGGUACUGAUGGGCAGGAUGGAGAGCGUGUUCAACCACGCCAUCCGGCACACCGUCUACGCCGCACUGCAGGAUUUCGCGCAAGUGACACUGCGGGAGCCGCUGCGGCAGGCCAUCAAGAAGAAGAAGAAUGUCAUCCAGAGUGUCCUGCAGGCCAUCAGGAAGACAGUGUGUGACUGGGAGACGGGGCACGAGCCCUUUAACGACCCUGCCCUGCGUGGCGAGAAGGACCCCAAGAGCGGCUUCGACAUCAAAGUGCCCCGACGCGCCGUGGGCCCCUCCAGCACGCAGCUGUACCUGGUGCGCACCAUGGCCGAGUCUCUGAGCUCUGCCGAGCUGCUCAGGCAGCUCAGGUCUCUGGGCUUGGAAAGGCUCUUGCAUGUGGUAAACGCGUUUCUGAGGCAGUCCUACACCUAUCCACCUCUGUUAGCCUUCGGUGGUAAGAUGUCCUUCCUUCUUCGGGUGACAUUUGCGGCCCAGAGGCGGACGGCCCCGCCAGACCCGAGCCUGGCGCCCAGCCCCGCGGGCCGGCCCCGGCAGGCAGGGCGAGGUGGCGCCGGAGGCCUCUGCCGCCGUGGGAGUGCCGUCGCUAAUGGCCUGUGUGUAUUCUCUCCUCCGCCGAUGUUUCCCCGGAUAACGCAGCUUUACAUGGUGAGAACCAUGCUAGAGUCCCUCAUUGCAGACAAAAGUGGUUCCAAGAAAACCCUGAGAAGUAGCCUUGAGGGGCCCACCAUAUUGGACAUAGAAAAAUUCCACCGCGAGUCCUUCUUCUACACGCACUUGAUCAAUUUCAGCGAGACGCUCCAGCAGUGCUGCGACCUCUCGCAGCUGUGGUUCCGCGAGUUCUUCCUGGAGCUGACGAUGGGCAGAAGAAUCCAGUUCCCCAUUGAGAUGUCCAUGCCCUGGAUCCUCACGGACCACAUCCUGGAGACCAAGGAGGCGUCCAUGAUGGAGUAUGUCCUAUACUCCCUGGACCUGUACAAUGACAGCGCCCACUACGCGCUCACCAGGUUCAACAAACAGUUCCUGUACGACGAGAUUGAGGCCGAGGUGAAUCUGUGCUUCGACCAGUUUGUCUACAAGCUGGCAGACCAGAUCUUCGCCUAUUACAAGGUCAUGGCUGGAAGUUUGCUGCUCGAUAAGCGGCUGCGGUCUGAGUGCAAAAACCAGGGUGCCACCAUCCACCUCCCACCGUCCAACCGCUAUGAGACGCUCCUCAAGCAGAGGCACGUGCAGCUCCUGGGCAGGUCCAUAGACCUCAAUCGUCUCAUCACCCAGCGUGUCUCAGCCGCCAUGUACAAGUCUCUGGAGCUGGCGAUCGGACGAUUUGAGAGUGAGGACCUCACCUCAGUGGUGGAGCUGGACGGCCUCUUGGAAAUCAACCGCAUGACUCACAAGCUGCUCAGCCGCUAUCUGACGCUGGACAGUUUCGACGCCAUGUUCCGCGAGGCCAACCACAACGUGUCGGCGCCCUAUGGGAGGAUCACGCUCCAUGUCUUCUGGGAGCUCAACUACGACUUUCUGCCUAACUACUGCUACAACGGCUCCACCAACCGGUUUGUUCGGACAGUGUUGCCAUUAUCUCAAGAGUUUCAAAGAGAUAAACAGCCGAACGCACAGCCUCAGUAUUUGCACGGAUCAAAGGCUCUGAACCUGGCCUAUUCCAGCAUCUACAGCAGCUACCGGAACUUCGUGGGCCCCCCCCACUUCCAGGUCAUCUGUAGGCUGCUUGGCUACCAGGGCAUUGCUGUGGUCAUGGAGGAGCUGCUGAAGGUUGUCAAGAGCCUGCUGCAAGGCACCAUCCUGCAGUACGUGAAGACGCUGAUGGAGGUGAUGCCCAAGAUCUGCCGCCUGCCUCGGCACGAGUACGGCUCCCCCGGCAUCCUGGAAUUCUUCCACCACCAGCUGAAGGACAUCGUGGAGUACGCCGAGCUGAAGACUGUGUGUUUCCAGAACCUGCGGGAGGUGGGCAAUGCUGUGCUCUUCUGCCUGCUGGUGGAGCAGAGCCUGUCUCUGGAGGAGGUGUGUGACCUGCUCCAUGCCGCCCCUUUCCAGAACAUCUUGCCUCGGGUUCACGUGAAAGAGGGAGAGAGGCUGGAUGCCAAGAUGAAAAGACUGGAAUCCAAGUAUGCCCCGCUGCACCUCGUCCCCCUGAUCGAGAGACUGGGGACCCCUCAGCAAAUCGCUAUUGCGCGUGAAGGGGACCUGCUGACCAAGGAACGGCUGUGCUGUGGUCUGUCCAUGUUCGAGGUCAUUCUCACCCGCAUCCGCACCUUCCUGGAUGAUCCCAUCUGGCGCGGGCCGCUGCCCAGCAAUGGCGUCAUGCACGUGGACGAGUGUGUGGAGUUCCACCGGCUCUGGAGCGCCAUGCAGUUCGUCUACUGCAUCCCCGUGGGCACACACGAGUUCACCGUCGAGCAGUGCUUUGGGGACGGCCUGCACUGGGCAGGCUGCAUGGUCAUCGUGCUCCUGGGGCAGCAGCGACGCUUUGCUGUGCUGGAUUUCUGCUACCAUCUGCUCAAAGUCCAGAAACACGAUGGCAAAGAUGAGAUCAUCAAAAAUGUGCCUUUGAAGAAGAUGGUGGAGAGAAUUCGCAAGUUCCAGAUUCUGAAUGACGAGAUCAUCACCAUCUUGGACAAGUACCUGAAGUCAGGCGACGGAGAGAGCACCCCGGUGGAGCACGUGCGCUGCUUCCAGCCGCCCAUCCACCAAUCCCUGGCCAGUAGCUGAGCGGGGCGUCCCCCAGCAGCAUCUCAGAACCAUAAGGGCAUGUUUUUCUUUCCAUACAUACACCAUGUAGUGAGAUUCUUAGGGACUAUUUUUCAAGUAUCUCUGUGCCUGUUGAGGGGGGGUGCUUUUCGAUCUAAAAACUUACUUUUAUAAAAUUGACUUAUUUUUCUAGACUAAAAUUGUAUAUGCUUUUGGUAAUCAGGAUCUCUUAGAACACUGGCUGCUGAUGGCUGCUCACAUCCUUAGGACAUCUUUCCGUUCUCCGGCAUGUCCCAGCACCCAGCUGUGUCUGAACAUGCGUCACAUCCGUUCAUCCCUUGGCCAAGGGUCAGCAGUGUUUCAGGGUUGCAGACUUGAGUGGGAACUCUCAUGCCAACCCAAGUAGUGGAACCCUUGAUCAAUCGGAAUGACACUUCCUGAGUAAUCCGUUAGCUCUUUGGGGACUUUUUUGCUGUCUUUUCUGAAUACUGUUUUCUAAGCUCUUGCUCCCUUGCUUUUUCUGUCAGUGUUUGAGAAAAUCACUUGUGAACUUGUUCCUCUGCUUCCACCGCAUCUCCCUUAUUAUGCAAUCUCAAUUGUGAGGUAUGACUUAAAUUUUAUUCCAGAAUAAAACUCACAAAACCUC